GAAGCCCAGUCUUCAAACGCGCGAGAGAGAAGAUGGGUCUCGGCCAGCGAACCGACGCCGAGGUCAUGGCGCUCUUUGAGUCGUGGAUUGUGAAGCAUGGGAAGGUCUACAACGUCCCGGGCGAAAAGGAGAUGCGUUUUGAGAUCUUUAAGGACACACUCCGGCGCAUUGACCAGCACAACUCCGAGAACCAUUCCCACACGCUUGGCCUGACCCACUUCUCUGACCAGACCGUAGAGGAGCGCUGCUCCAUGUUCGGGAGGCCCCCGUCUAAGUCGCCUCUCGACGAGAGCCAGAGCCACUGCCGCGACGAGCCACGGCUUAGGGACGAGCUGCCGGAGUCCUCCAACGGGAAGAAGGAAGGCGCGGUGGUUGGCGUCAAGGAUCAGGGAAGCUCUGCCAAUUCUAUAAUUUUGACAACUGACGAAUUCUUGGAAAAAAAGUGAGUUUCGGACACCUUGGUUUGACUCAGAGC